AUGUCCUUUGAUACUCUAUCUAUAUGGUUGGAUACCAUUAUCACUAAGCUUGGCAUUGAAGUUGAUAUACAUAAUAUUACUACUGAUGAAAAUACUGCGAUUAUUGGUAAGCGUAUUACCCGGAAUGCACUAAUGCUAAGUUACGUAUAUCAUCGUAUAUUACUAGACACUCCACAUUAUCUACAGCUGUUUCCCCAUCAUAUUCAAACAAUACUACAACGAUUUAACAAUAGCAAUUCCACGAAUGAUGACAAUAGUAUCAUUAUGGAGGAUGCUGCUAUACCUCAACAACAUAAUAGUGUUAUUACCAUUUCUAACGCCUAUGCUCAUGCUCAGCAUCCAAGUGAUUAUCCCCUGCCUGGGCAGUGCUCAUUCUUUUCGAAUUUCAUAUUGCGUAAAAUUAGAGAUGAUAACACACAAGAUGACAAUGAUGAACAACUACAGCACUUCAGAGGAAUAUUUGUUGGACCAGUAUUCAUUCGCCUCGCUGAUCCUCUGAGACGACUCGCAGUUCUUUGGGAAGCUCCACAUCUUCUAGAACCUGGGUAUCGAGAAAAGGAGUGCAAAUACUACGACAAACUCAACAGGAAAAUACUCACAUAUUAUAAUUGGAAAUUCAUAUUAGUGCAUUAUGAUAAAGCUAUCACCCGUUAA